AUGGCAUCCGUCAAUUCAAUAUCCGAGAAGGACAAUGACGAGGAGCGUGACACCAUGCAGGACGACGUGAUGGAGGACGAGUACCAAGAGGAUAUCAGCUUGGAGCUGGAUGCUUCGCAACGGGAAUACCUGGAGUAUCACCAGCGACUCGACGACUUCCUAUCACCCCUGUUUUUAGAAGAGGCGGUGUUGUACAGACUCGCGCGCCGCUUCUCCGGUACAUACCGCCAUUUGGCCCUGACUUCGGAUCAGCAAUUUUUGCCGACACCCGUGACUCAGCUGCCCACGGGCGAAGAAACGGGGCGAUAUCUGGCCAUUGAUGUGGGUGGCAGUAAUCUCCGAGUUGCGUUCAUCGAAUUACUAGGUGAGGCUGUUGACUCCGAUGUGCGGCCCACGGAUGCCUCGGAGAGGUCGCGCCACACUAUUCGCAAGGCCCAGCGCCAGCGAGUCAAGAGGACUUUGGAGCGAGCCUGGCCGAUUCAGGAGCAUCUGAAAAUGGACAAGGCCGAGGACUUGUUUGCGUGGAUUGGGGACUGCAUCGCUGAGGUUGUGGCGGAGAGUCUGACUUCGGAUGCUACCAGGAAAGACAUCCCUGCAGAAUUGGAUAUGGGCAUCACCUUCAGUUUCCCAAUCAUGCAAGAAUCGCUGGCUGAGGCUACGCUGAUGCCCAUGGGUAAAGGCUUUGCUAUCACAUCUAACCUCGACCUGCGGAACAUUCUUUUGAAUGGAUACGAGAAGCACACAAGGAGACCAGACGAUGAAGAUGAGCCUUCAUCCAAACGUCGGAAGCUCUUUGCUCUGCCCAAGUUGAAGAUCCAGGCUAUCACGAACGACACUGUUGCGACGCUGGCCUCGCUCGCAUACGCAGUCAAGUCUUUACCAAACAGCCGAGUCGCCAUGGGUAUUAUUGUGGGUACUGGAUGUAACGCGACCAUUCCGAUGAAACUCAGUGAACUACACGAAUCCAAGGCCAAGAGCGUCAAUGCUAUGGAGCCGUCGGCCGUCGAAACCAUAGUGAACACCGAAUGGACCAUUUCCGGUGCAGCACCACCGCUUCGAGAACUGGCUAUUACGACCAAAUGGGACGAAGAGCUAGAUAGGGCUUGUGCACGCCCAGGGUUCCAGCCAUUCGAAUACAUGACCGGAGGUCGAUAUAUCGGCGAGCUGAUUCGCUUAAUUCUGUUCGACUAUCUGACCAACGUGGCGGGUCUGUCGAAACGGUUUCUCCCUGCAAAUCUCAUUCAAGAAUACGCCUUGACAACAACCUACAUCUCCGACAACGUGGCCCGAGCCCGAUCCGACCAAGACCUCGCAAAGGAACUAAACCGAUCUCUUCCAACACCCGAGAGCAGCGACUGGCGCUGGGACGCCCGCACCGCUAGCGCAUUCCGAAAAAUUGCUCGAACAGUGCAGAGACGAUCGGCCGGUCUGAUCGCAGCAGCCGUGAUCGGCCUGCUAGCCUGCUGCCGAGAAAUCGAGCUGAAGGAAGACAGCAAUAGCAACACACCCGAGAACCCCGCCUCACCCCAGAGCAACGGCGAGAUGCGCGCCCCCGACGCAGCCGCUGCGCCGAACUUCCGCAGCAACAAUUUCCACGGCCACAUCGUCCCAGUCCUGCAACCCACACCGGCAGACUGGCAGUCUGGCCCUGAGGAACUGGUUGUGGCCUACACGGGCGGUAUUAUCCAGCACUACCCGCAAUUCAAGGAGAUGUGCCAGCAACACAUCGAUCGGCUUAUUAUGCGGACUGGUCCGCAACGGGGAGGGAAGUCGGUGUUUCUACGAGAAGCCUCUGACGGUGGUGUCAUUGGUGCAGGCGUUCUGGCUGGAAUGGUUGUUAGCAAGUAG